ACUGUACUUUAACAUUACAUCCCUUGCACUAUAAUUGUAUAAAUCACAAUAAUCACUGAAUUAAUUUAGUUCCUUUAGGACCCAGCAGAGCUCCUCGGAGUCUAUCCCUGUGAUGUAGUACACAUUCUGCCCCUGACGUUUGUGUUGUAGUGUACUGGUAGGGAUCUAUAAUCAAUCAGCUUUGCAGACUGUGGGACACACUAAUCUUCAUUAUAUGAAAGUGCAUUGUCUUAAACUCAACAUCAGGCUGCUGAAUGUGCGCCUUCCAUGUCUAGGUAAAUUGUUACCUGGUAUCAAUCUCAGUCGGAAUGUCGAGCUUCGAGGUUUGAUGCAGGAUGUUGCUAGCUAGCUAGAUAGCUAACGUUAGGACAUUUCACUAGCCGAAUUGCUAGCUAACUUUUUUUGGUUUUCAAACUUCUGCAUGCUUUAAAAUAUCAAUCACGUUGAACUCGCACCUAAUUAUGCUCGCCAUUUCAACACGGGGCUUUCUGUGGUCAGAUGUCGAGACCAGAACCUUGCUUAACAUCUGGGGCGAGCAAGACAUCCAGACAGCGUUGGAUGGAAACUUCAGAAACAGUCAUGUCUACCGCGACGUCGCCCGAAGGUUGGGAGAGAUGGGGUUCGAAAGAACCCCAGAGCAGUGUAGGGUGCGAAUCAAAAGCCUGAAAAGGCAGUUCCUCCUGGCCAAGGAGGGCAACCUGAGGAACAAUGGACAAUACCACAAGAUCUGCAAAUUUUACGAUGCCAUGGAGAGGAUCCUGAGCAGCCGUCCCCAGAUUGACCCCCAGGAGCUGCUAGACAGUGGGGCUGUGGGGGAUGAGACCAUGGACGGGACAGAGGAGGAAGAGGACACAGACCCUCCACAGCACCCAUACCUGGAGAGCACAGGGGAAUGCUCCUAUCCAGAGACCCAAGUGAAGCUGGAAUACCCUCCCAUCCCUAUCCCUGUGACUGUGGGAAAUGGCACCACAGUCAGACAGACCAGCAGCAGCCAGUCAGCUAGUGGGCCGUCCUCCAGCCGACCCAAGCGGCCCAAGAAGCGGCACGCUGACCUGCCCCUGGACAGUCUGAUGGAGCGAUUCCUGGAGCAGAGUGCUGAGGCCGAGCAGAGCUUCUACCAGUUGGAGGAGCAGCGUCUGCAGGUCGAGGACCGCCGGCGAGAGGCCGAACAUGCCCGCGAGCUCCACAUGCUCCAGGUGUUGGGACAGAUGUUCUCCAGCAUCGCCACCAGAAACCCUGUCGCCACAGCAACCGCAACCACAGCAAUGCCGCCUGCUCGGAAUACCAUGGAGUCUACCAUGCAGCCCAGUGUGCCGAUGUCCGCCUCCAGCCAUAUGACGCGUGGUCGGUCGUGUCACCUCCGAGUCCGCUCGCCCCAAUCCCAGGCUGAGUGGCCCAGCUACCACACUCAGCCACAGUCCAACGCAGGUUCUCAGACUUUAGUCAUCGAGCGCUCCUUCUCCCUUGGAACAGCCGCACACACAGGCAUGGAUGAUAUCCUUCCACUGGUGAAAAAUAUAGUCCCUCCAUUGACAUCUAAAAAGCACAAAGGCCAAGACGGGCGGAUUGGGAUUAUUGGGGGAUGUCAAGAGUAUACAGGAGCUCCGUACUUUGCUGCUAUUUCUGCAUUGAAAGUGGGGGCCGACCUGUCACACGUGUUCUGCACUAAAGACGCAGCGAUAGUGAUCAAAUCCUACAGUCCGGAGCUCAUAGUUCAUCCUGUGCUGGACAGCCCCAAUGCAGUGGAGGAGAUAGAGAAAUGGCUCCCCAGACUCCAUAGCCUGGUGGUGGGACCGGGGCUAGGCAGAGACGACAAACUGCUGAAAAACGCCAAGGAAGUAAUUGAGAAGUCCAAAGCAAGAGAUAUCCCUAUAGUUAUUGAUGCAGAUGGGCUGUGGCUGGUUGCUCAGCAGCCAUCAGUCAUCCAAGGGUACCAGAAGGGCAUCCUGACUCCCAACUACAUGGAGUUCACCCGGUUAUAUGAGGCUAUGCACCAUGAGCCUCUGGAUAGCAGUGACCAUCAGAGGAGUGCCAUGGAGCUCAGUGUUGCCAUGGGCAACCUGACCGUGGUGCUCAAGGGGGAGGAAGACCUAAUCACCGACGGUAACAAGGUGAUCUUGUGCAGACAGGAGGGCAGCGGGCGGCGGUGUGGGGGGCAAGGAGACCUCCUAUCUGGCUCUCUGGGAGUGCUGGCACACUGGGCAUACGCCUCCUCAGAAGACAUGACCAAAAGUGUGAACCCAUCAGUGGUGGCAGCUUUCGGGGCCUGUUCUCUGACCAGACAGUGUAACAGACAGGCCUUUCACAAACAUGGCCGAGCCACCACCACCACAGACAUGAUCCAGGAGAUCAGCUCUGCCUUCAAAAAACUAUUUGAGAGCUGAGAACAGUCUAUAGGAGCAGAGUCCAAGAUACACUCACAUACACUAUAUAUACAAAAGUAAGUGGACAACCCUUCAAAUKAGUGAAUUCGGCUAUUUCAGCAACACCGUUC